CAUUGGAGCAAGUGAAACGUAUCGGUCGAUUUUUUAAAGAAGUUAAUUUAAAAACAAAUUGAUUUGAAAAAAACGAAGAUAAUAAAUUGAAUUGAAAAUUUAAACCAAAAUGUUCAACGGUUUUAAUAAGCACACAACAAAACCAAAGACGGUCUUUCUAGAUGUCAAGCCUUCUUUUAUUAGUCCACCUGUUCGGAGAUUUACUGGAUUACAAAUUCGUAAGGAUAGCAUCGCAUUAUAUGGAACGGAUACGCGUCCUUCAUUGGCAUCAGUAACUUCGUUGGAAAAUUUUCAAAAAGAUGUUCUCUUCAGUAACAUUGGGGCUUCUUACUUUUUCAUGCGAUGCCUUGGAGCUAUGCCAGUUACAAGACGAUCACCUGGAAAUGCUGUAUUUUCAAUGGCUUCUAUUGCCUUUGCCUAUUCGGUUCUAUUUUUCGUCAUAUUAAUUAUUUACGUCGGCUAUGUUGCUGAUAAUCGUAUUAAAGUUGUUUCAUCUUUAAAAGGACCAUUCGAAGAAGCUGUUAUUGCUUACCUUUUCUUGGUUAAUAUUUUACCAAUUUUAUUAAUACCAAUCAUUUGGUCUGAAACAAGAAAAGUUGCUGAGCUAUUAAAUGAUUGGAAUGAUUUUGAGAUUCUUUAUUUUCAAAUAUCUGGACAUAGUGUCCCAUUGAGGAUAAGAAAGAAAGCGUUAGGUAUAACUAUUGCGCUGCCAUUACUGUCGGUUUUAUCGGUGGUCAUUACUCACGUAACCAUGGCUGACUUUCAUAUUUUGCAGGUGAUCCCUUACUGUAUUUUGGAUAAUCUUACUGCAAUGCUUGGAGCUUGGUGGUAUCUGUCAUGUGAAGCACUAAGUGACACCGCAAAUAUACUCGCUGAACGUUUUCAAAAAGCUCUUCGUCAUAUUGGACCGGCAGCUAUGGUUGCAGAUUACAGAUCUCUGUGGCUUCGCUUGAGUAAACUCACACGCGAUACCGGAACAGCAACUUGCUACACCUUCACAUUCUUGAACCUUUAUCUAUUUUUCAUCAUAACUCUAUCGAUUUAUGGACUUAUGUCUCAGUUAUCUGAAGGUUUUGGCAUAAAAGAUAUUGGUCUGGCCAUUACAGCCAUUUGGAGCAUUUGUUUGCUGUUCUUCAUUUGCGAUGAGGCACAUUAUGCAUCACAUAAUGUACGGACAAAUUUUCAGAAGAAACUUCUGAUGGUCGAAUUGAGUUGGAUGAAUUCUGAUGCCCAAACCGAAAUUAAUAUGUUUUUAAGGGCAACCGAAAUGAAUCCAUCGAAUAUUAAUUGUGGUGGAUUUUUUGAUGUGAAUAGGAAUCUUUUUAAGGGACUACUUACAACAAUGGUAACUUACUUGGUGGUGCUGUUACAGUUUCAGAUUAGUAUUCCUGAUGGCAAGCCAAGGGGUAACUUUACUUUUGGCGUGGGCUCUCUAUUGAAUGGAACUGAUGUUGUUGUAAGCUUAAUAAGUCAUUAAAGAUUCAAGCUUCAUUCAUACAAAUAUAAUAAUUUUGAGAUAUGAAUAAAAAGAAAAUAUUUGCAAAACACAAUUUAA